AUGAAAUCUUUGAUCGAUGUGCUCAUUUUCUUGCCAUCAUUGGCUUUCUCUUUUGUGCUUAUCGAGGAAAGUUGCAAUGAUUUGAGUAAACUCAGUGCUGUUGAACAGGAGAAUGCGGUCAAUUCUGGUUAUGCUAUUGAAGCUCAAAUGGGUUUCAUUGGAACGUCUAAGGAUUGCGAUUGUCCGGGCAUUGUGCCACUGUAUCGAAUGUGGUCGGACUCGGCAAGCGAUCAUUUCUACACAACAAGUGUUGAUGAGAUGAACAAAGCCGUGCAGGACGAUCAUUACAAGCUCGAGGGAACAAUGGGAUAUUGUAUGUCAGCGCCCGGCUCCGGUCUACUCCCACUUUACCGUUUCUGGGAUGGCAAAGCACAAGAUCAUUUCUACACUAACAACGAGAAUGAGAAGAACUCGGUGAUCGCCAAUUUGCCCGCGUAUCGCUACGAGGGAAUUCAGUGCUACGUCUGGCAAUCGAAUGGGAACAAAAACUGC